AUAUGUGUGUUUGUUAAACUGCUGUCAAUGCUGAACGUAGCGGUGCAGUGGCAGAAUUCUUCAAGUACGCGAGCGACGUGUGCCAAUCGUUAUAAAAAAGCAAAAAAGUGGCAAAGGUUGGAAUAAAUGCUGCCGGUGUAAAAACGCAAAAUUGUGAAAGUGUAUUUCUUCAUUAUUUUAUCAAAUAUUAUGAUUAAAGAUCAAACGUUGGGAUUUCCACUGCGCAACGUUUUUAAAUAUAUUGGGGUUCUGAUUUUCCGCUCAAUUAUGGUUUUUACUUAAAUUAGAGAUAAGAUGUUCUAAACACAGGCAGAGUAAACUCAAUAGAGGCAAUAUAAUAAAAAUCAAUGACAAAGCUGCUACACAGUUGGUUGACCUUUCUUUAAAGUGCAUAAGCUACCAAUAUAAUGGAUGAUUAUCAAAUAAUAACGCGUCGACGUUCACGUUCAAAAACGCCUUUCCUACGUUCCACUUGCGACCACGAAAACUGUGAACACGCUGGCGAGGAGGGUCAUACACAUCAUCACGGAGAGAAAUUGAAGGUGCCCAGUGUACAAACUAUUGUGGAGGAAACCGUUGAGGUGGCAUCAUCUAUUUCACCAACAAAACAAAUACAAAAGGCCAAAACAUCCGAUUACUCCAGCGAAGAUACAAGCCCGGAGAGUAAAUCCAAAAAGACCUCAAUGUAUAUCGACGAAGAGUCUUCACAGAAAUCCAAACAAAUGUCGUCGUCAAUGAAUAGAAGCUCCACCACAACAACCAGCACUACGGUGGUUACGAAACGUAAACGUGUGGCCGCCUCAACACCAAAGGGCAUUGAAAGCUAUUUACCAGAAAGUUUUGCCGCACAAUUCACCGGUGGCACUGCUGCGCACAGUUUUAAGGAAAUCACACAGAAUGCGCUCAAUACAGAAUCUGAGCGUUCACAGCGAAGGAUGGACGCCAGCGGCAGCAACAAUAGCAGCUUCAAUAAAUCAUAUAGCAAUAUUUUGAACAGUUCAAAUGGCGAUCUUAGCGAUCAUAUUGCAUACCUGGAAUACAAACGUGCCGGGGAGUAUUGGAACACCACACCGAAAACGGAUUAUACCUACUCGAAGCAUUCGUCGUUUCGACGAGAAUUGGCGCCCGGCAUUGUUGCCAUGCCGAAUAUGUCGCGUUCCGGCCUGCGAACGCAUAGUGAACGCAUCAACUACAUGACCAAACAGCUCAUCUAUGAUUCGGGUGAUGAAAUUGAUUACCAACUUGAUGAUUACCGCAAGCGUCAGUACAAUAAAUAUAUGCAAGCACAACAACAAUCCUGGUAUAUGCGCAUCAUUACAACCAUUGUGACCACAAUCACCAGCGCAUGGUCAGCAGUGGCUGGUGGUGGUGGUGGAGUUGGUGAAGGUGUUGGUGUAGCUACCGGUUAUGACAGUUCAUUAUACAGAACAAAGUACGGGCAGGAGGAACGAGGUUUCUUUGGCACCAUCGCGCAUGGCAUAUCAUCGUCCAUAUCACAACUGUUUCGUUAUGUUUACAUACUGAUUUCAUCUUUACUUUGCUUGGAUACUUGGCUCUUGCAAUCGUCUAAUGCCGAUUCUAAAGGCAGAAAACGUUUUCUCCUUCUACUGUUGAUCUUAUUGCCAUUGUUAUUGUUGGGUGCAUGGUGGUUACUUGACCAGGAAGAUCGCGCAUAUUACUUACAACGUACACAGGCUCUGGUGCCCUUUUCACUACUUGCUAGCUGGCAAAGUGCCUUGUAUAGCAGUGGCAACUCCAUCACAGGCUACAUCCAACAACUGCCCGACAAUGUUAAGAGCUCCUUCAACCAUUACUACGCCAGCUAUGUGGCUGGCGGCAGUGCCGCAGGUAGUGGUGACAGCGAUUCACACCUACAUAUACACAACAUAGAGCAGCGUCUGCAAAAAGCGCUCACCGCAGAAGAAUAUGAGAAUAUAUUGAACCAUGUGAACAGUUAUGUGCAGGAAUUGAUCGACUUGAAGUUGACGAAACAGCAACGUGAGCGGACGGAGCGCGCUGCUCAGCUGAGUACGGCGCAGCUGCAAAAGAUUGCAGACUUAGUGCUCGAGAGCCUUGCACAGGACAAACUAAAGUCGGGAAGUGCCGGCGCAAAGUUGGGUGAGUUGAGUGAGGCAGAGGUGCUUCAGCUGGCCGAGUUGGUGCGUAUACAGUUGGAGGCAAGUGGUUGGGCGGAGCGACCGGUGCCGCUAUCCAGUGAAAAUCUGGGAGAAAUCAAACGGCUGAUAACCGAACACAUGGAACUGCAUGAGCACAAACAUUAUACGUUGCUUUUGGAACGCAUCGAUUUGGACACCUUGUUGUUGCGUAUUUUAGGCGCACCACAGUUGGCGAAGUUUGUGGAUGCCCGUAUCGCUUUGGCGCUGGCGGAAAAGCAAUUGCAGAGUGUCGCGGCAGAAAAAUCACAAGAGGGUUCCGGUCACAGUGCCGCAUACAGUGAGCAGCAACGGCUUAUCAAUGAGCUGAAUAACGAGAUUGCUUUCAUCAAGCUCGCACUCUCCGACAAGUUAACCGAAAAUGAAGGGUUGCAUCAAUCCAUCACAAAGUUGAGAGUGACACAAGACGAUCUACUCAAGCGCAUGCAGGAGCACGAGCUGGCCACCGAUCAACGCUUUAGUGGCUUGUUAACCGAGAUAGAAAGCAAACUGGCCGCGCUCAAAGACCAGCCGUUCAAGUUGCUCAAUCAACAAAUCAAGCUGUCGCUGGUGGAAAUGCUAGGUUUCAAAGAGACCAGACCAAAUGGCGCACACUUGGAGGAUAUCGAUUUGCAAAAUUGGGUACGUAGUAUGUUUGUUGCGAAAGACUAUCUCGAAGAGCGUUUGUUGGCGCUCAACGAGGGCACCGACAAUAAGAUACGUGACGAGAUCGAUCGAUCGGGCAUGCUGUUGAUGCGUGAUAUUAAUGAGCGGCUGAAGAGCGUAACAGCGUUAAAGGAACAAAUCAAUACAGCAUUGUCAGAGGAGGAGGUACACAAGAUUGUCAAAUCGGUGCUGAACAUUUAUGAUGCCGACAAAACGGGUUUGGUGGACUUUGCGCUAGAGUCUGCAGGCGGACAGAUACUCUCUACGCGGUGCACGGAGAACUAUCAGACCAAAUCUGCGCAAAUUUCCAUAUUCGGCAUACCACUGUGGUAUCCCACCAAUACGCCCCGCAUAGCUAUUUCGCCACAGGUACAACCUGGUGAAUGCUGGGCAUUUCAAGGUUUUCCGGGAUUCUUGGUUUUAAAACUCAACUCUAUGGUUUAUGUAACCGGUUUCACGUUGGAGCAUAUACCGCGUUCGCUUUCACCAAACGGACGCAUUGAUUCGGCGCCGAGAAAUUUCACUGUUUGGGGUCUCGAACAUGAAAAGGACUAUGAGCCAGUGCUUUUCGGUGAGUAUGAGUAUGUGGAUAAUGAUGCCUCCUUGCAAUAUUUUCCCGUAAAAAACACGAACAUCAAGCGGCCAUAUGAAAUUGUGGAGUUGCGCAUCGAAUCGAAUCACGGGCAUGCGCAGUACACGUGUCUAUAUCGCUUCCGUGUGCACGGUAAACCGCCAGGAGCGUAAAUCGCAUGCCAUAAAAUAACACAAACAUAUAUAACAUAUAUAUAUAUAUAUAUAUAUAAUAUGCAUAGAGUUUAUUGUAAAAAAAAACAGUUUAAUUCUUAAGUUAGUAGUGUAAUUUAGUAUAGCGGUACUUACAAUUGCAAACUAUUGAAUGUAAACUUUGUGCCUUAAAUAAUUCAAAACAGAAAAUGGAAGUGAAAACACUAUUCGAGAGCGCAUAGUUGCAGAGUUUGGAAUUGGAGGCCUUAGCAUAACCUCAAAAACCUACUAACAUAAACUUAUGUUACUAACAGUCAAUACAUACAUAAAGAUAUAUUUAGUAAUGAAACAUUAUUUGUAAAUACAAAGAAAAACUAAUAAAUGCUGCCACAGUGAAGAAUAUACCCAUAUACAUACAUACAUAUAUUUUAAGUAGUAAGCAGGGACUAAGCGUAUAAAAAUAUAUAUGUAUAUGUUAGCAUGUAGUCUUUUAUAAGUGUAAGUGAAAUGGUUUCCUAUGUUAGCAUCUAACUUGAAGUGCUUUCACAAAUAAGAGGCAAAAUAGUGUUAGUUCUUAGAUAUUAUAUGCAAUUUAGUCUUAAUUGAUUACAUUAUUUUAUAGUGACAUACUAGUGCUAGCUCUAAGUUAAGCUAAGUUAUAUUAUGUGUAUGUAUUUAUUUAUUUAUUUGUAGCGCUUUAGUUUAAGCUAAGUUAGUCAUAUGUAGUACACACUAAACUAACACAUCUUAAAAUAAGAAAAAAUUCUUGCGUUAAAUAACUACUCUAUUAACACAAUGCUUGCCAAUGAUUACUAAUUAUACUUUACUUAAAUUACAUUUAGUACUUAUGUGCUAAUUAACCGAAUAAUUAUUUGUUAGCAACUCAAAAUACAUAUAUCUAUAUAUAUAUAUAUUUGUUGGAAACUCUGCUUGGCCGGGUAUAUUAUUUCUAAGUUUUUACAACUACAAUUGACAUGACUUAAUUAUGAUUUUGUAUAUAUACUUUUAUGCUAGAUUUGUCGCUAACUAAAGGCAUAUUGCUAUAUGAUAAGAUAUGUCAACAAAUUUGCGUCCCAAAAUAACACUGAAAUCAUACAUUGAAUUUACAACAAACUAACUGGUAAUUAUAAUUAUGCAGUUCUAAUACUAAAAUAGAUAAUUUCGUACUUUUAUACCAGACAAUAAAAACAGCACUCAUUUAGAUAUGUUUUUUGAAUUAUUUGCACUUUACUAUGGUGAUAAAAAGUAAAUGACAAUUUUCUGUCCAAAUUUUAUUUGAAAAUAUGCACCAAUUCAUUAUUAGUUUCUAUAUUUCUAAAUAAAGUAUGUACGUGUAUAAAAAUAUGUUCAUACACUUUAAGUAGGGAUUACACUAACUUAAGCAACACGUACACUUUUUCUAUACAAUUUUUAUGUUUAAAUCUAAAAUAAAUUUCCCUAAAAUCUCUACUAACUGCUACCAUAUACUUCUACUAAUUUUCCCUAACAUUUACAUAAAUUGCAAUCCAUGUAGCCAUGCAUAAGUGUGAUCUAACAACUUUUUUCAAAGAAAUUUUCACAAAGAGAGUCCAAAAAUAUUAAAUUUUGUUCUAAACACCCAACGGUUUUAAGGUACAAGUAAAUUAAAAAAAUGAAAGUUUUAAGAAAAUAUCAUAAGAUAAUUUUUAUUUGAUUUGUGUGUAUUAUAAUGUAUGUAUAAGUUUGGAAGUUUAGAUGUUUCUAGUAUUUAUGUUACUUGAAAAAUGUUCAAAAUAAAAUAUAUAUUAAAAUAAAAAUA